AUGGAAGGCGGGACAAGGGCGGCCUGGCUGGGGCGAGGGGCUGGUCUGGGUCCCUGGGGACCCCUUGCCCUGUGGGCUUCGGUCUCCAGGAAGGAGAAAGGCAGCCGGGCUGCGGGGCCGCCGGACUGUGGGGUCCUCCUGGCAGAGAGACGGGAGGAGCGGUCGGCUGGGCUGUUGCGCUGCGCCUCCUCCAACUGCUGGGAAACUCCGCACUUCAGUAUUAGAGCAUCUCUUUCCUGGGCAGGAAAAAGAUGCGCUAACCCCCAGUGGGCCGUAGAUUGGUACUAUAAAUUGAGUCUGUCAUUUGGAGAGACCAAUUUUGGGCAGGCAUCCAGGCAUUGUUCUGCAUCUCUGCAGUGUAUACGUGUUGUGCCGGUAGCCUGA